GACCUCUGAGGAGCCCAAACUUUCCAGUAGCACCACAGGCGGCUGCUACACAAAGACAGACAGAAAGGGGUACAGCUAGAUGUAAAAAAAAAUAAAAGGAGGAACAAAAUAGUUUAGGCUAACAUUCGGCUCUCUUAAAACAUUUUAACUUAGUGCAUUUUUUUUUCUUUUCAAGUUUUAAUUUAUAUUUUUUUAUAUUGUGUGGAAAAAAAAAAGAGAAAAUGACGAAUCUGCUGUGCAUCACAAUAAUCUCCCUGACCCUGGCUGCCAGUGCAUACAGCCAGGUGACGAGCUUUCCCUCACCAACACCACCACCAAUAGCCGUACUAACAGCUAUGAUUUCAGUUGACUUAGGCGAUAACGUCACCCUACCGUGCCGGCUCCUGCACAAGGACACCAUGCACUUUGGUAGCGUUGGUAUCCGAGUCAAAUGGACCAAGGUGGCGGAUGAUGAAGCACUGAACGAGGAUGUGCUGCUUUCAAUGGGAUUCCACAAGAAGGCCUAUGGAAGCUUCGAGGACCGAGUCUUUUUGCAGGAGCUCGACAAUGAAGAUGCCUCCCUUAUAAUAACUGACGUCUCCAUGUUUGACAUGGGAAGAUACCGCUGUGAGGUCAUCAAUGGAAUGACAGAUACCAUCCAAGAGGUUAUUUUGGAAGUGCAAGGUGGUCAUGUUGAUGGUGUUGUAUUCCCAUACCACCCCCUUACGGGCCGCUACAACAUGAAGUUCGAUGAAGCUUUACAGGCCUGUGCGGAUCAGGGUGCUGUGGUCGCCACCUAUGAUCAGCUGUUUGAGGCCUGGAAGGACGGCCUGGACUGGUGCAAUGCUGGCUGGCUGAGUGAUGGCACAGUGCGGUAUCCCAUCAAAAACCCCAGAGAGCCUUGUGGUGGUGCCAACAACGGGCCUGGCCUCAGAAGCUAUGGCCACCAAGACAGAGAGAAACAGUUUGACGCAUUCUGCUUUGCCACUGCUCUCAAGGGGAGGUUCUAUUGGCUGGUCCAACCCGAAAGGCUGUCCUUUGAUGAGGCAGUGCAGGCGUGCUUAGAUGAUGAUGCAGAGAUCGCCAAGGUGGGCCAUAUUUACUCCGCCUGGAAGCUUGAGGGCUACGACCGAUGCGAUGCUGGCUGGUUGGCUGAUGGAAGUGUCCGCUACCCCAUCUCCAGGCCCCGCAAGAACUGCAGUCCCACAGAGGCUGCGGUGCGCCUAGUUGGAUUCCCGGACAAAAUGCAAAAGUCCUAUGGUGUUUACUGCUUCAAGGCUGAAAAUUGAGGGGAUAGAUAAGAGCCAUAACCACCAAAGAGCAGCAACAACCACAACCAGUAAAAUCAACAAUAAAGCACACAAGCUUUGGAUCUUAACUAGCAUGAACUCAAUACCUUUCUGAAACUGUGAUAACCCUUUUUAACGCCUAAAAAACAAAUACCAUACAUCUUAACACCAUAUGCAAUGAAUGACAAAAUAUUUUGUAGCCAUUAAGUUUUGUUUUUCUCUAACUGUGCAUUCAUUCAUUUUACACAGACUAUUGUGGGAAAAAAGGAAACAGUGUAAAAGAUAUGACAGAGACAAGAUCUUGGUGGUUGUGAAACAUGAUCCAAGUUUGGUUUGUCCUCCACAGAAUGAUUCGAAGUGUGAAGGUUAAGAUUUAGAGCAUUUGUGCUCAUGUGCAGAUGAUAUUUGCUGCUUUAAAAUUUGUCUGAAGAACAAAAUAGUGUGAUAUUGUAUGCAUCACAUCAGUGAAAGACCUUAGAUUGGUUGCAGUCAUGAACAUUAACUUGGUUACCACUGUUGAGCGACAGAUAUAUCCCUCUCUAAUCAGAGUUGAGGCUAUUUUUUCAUGUCAAAAGGUUUUCCAACCUAAAUUUACUUUUUAAGGAAAUGAAUGUAAAUGUCUUGAUGGACUGUGACCUAUUUUGCAUUGAUAGCUACCAUGAGACCGACUCCAAUGACUCCCAAUUUGAAAGACAUUUUUAUUAUUGUAACCUUAUGUUUGUUUAUUUUAACAAAAUGUUUUUCACUUUUUUAAUGAUUGUCUUUUUUUUUUUUACAUGUUUAUAAUGUUCUUUUGUUUUUUUUAACAUUCUGUCAGAAUCAGAUUAUUUGUGAAGUGUAGAUUUUAGACAAUAGCCAGAUUUCACCCAGAUAGUGAAUACAGAGUACAGAUUUACACAUUUUGCCCUGAACACAACUUUUUACCAAAACAUGAUCAGUUGUAGCAAUUCCC